ACUCUAAAAUGUCUUCGUGAUGGCUCACUUAUAAGAAGUACAGCCAGUACCAAUAUGAAUGCUCAAUCAUCUCGUUCUCACGCCAUAUUUACAUUGCACAUUAGACAACAAAGGUUGCUAAAAUAUGAAGAGGAUUCUAGCGGACAAAAAAAAGAUGUUCAGUCAGACGCAGAUGCUGAUCCUGAUUCUACAAUUACUGAUCAAUUGCCUGAAUAUGAAACACUAACUGCGAAAUUCCAUUUCGUUGACCUUGCUGGAAGUGAACGCCUUAAACGAACUGGUGCUACUGGAGAUCGUGCCAAAGAGGGUAUAUCAAUCAACCGCGGUUUGCUUGCUCUCGGUAAUGUUAUAUCUGCUUUGGGUGAUAAAACAAAACGAGGUUGUCAUGUGCCUUAUCGUGACUCUAAAUUAACUCGUUUACUUCAAGAUUCUCUGGGUGGAAAUUCCCGCACAAUUAUGAUCGCCUGUAUUAGUCCAUCUGAUUGUGAUUUUUUAGAAACUUUGAAUACCCUUAAAUAUGCUAAUCGUGCACGUAAUAUACGUAAUCGUGUCACUAUGAACCAAGAUAAAACAAGUAAGCAGUUGGCGACAUUGCGUGCUCAAUUGGCUGCUUUAGAGGAAGAAUUAAAUGAAUACAGACAAGGCAAACGGCUUGCAAUAACAAACAAUUCUGAAAAUUCGAGUGAUUUAUCACGAGAAAUCAAUAUGCUACAGUCUGAAAACGACAAACUUCGUCUUCGCGUUAAAGCAUUGGCUGUUACUGUAGAUGCUUUAAAAGUACGAAAUGCACAACUGCUUGCCGAUCAAGAGACCUACUCUUGGGCUACAUUAAAAUUGAGAUCAUCUGGAGCAGAACAUACUACGGAACAAACAAACAGUACAGAAUCUGAUAGUUCUCCAUCACUUGGUCUCAUUUCUGCUGAUGCGGAAGAUUUUCGUCACCUUGUUGAAAAAUAUACCAUUGAAGUAGAAGAACUACGCACUAAAUUGGCAGAAGCUGAAGCAUUAGCCGAAUUUAGUCAACGACCGUACUCUCAUGCUUCACCAGCUGGUCUAUCAGAUCGUCGGUUUGUUUCGAAAAUUGACUCAAUCUAUACACCGAAUCGUGUUGCGUUUACAAACAAUGAAUUCCCAGACCUCGAUUCUAGCAUGUUAGCGGCUGCUGAGACGGGAUUAUCUGCUGUGAAUACUUUCUUCAGCAGUGAGGUACAAGGGGAUGACAACACUGUUGAAUCUAGUUAUUCUCACCGACAGCGCAAGCGGCGGCGCAGAAAGAGGCAUAUAAUCAAUACGCAGAGUGAAGAACGUAAACCUCUUAAAUCGAAACUCAAUAAUGUUGAUGUACAUUCUGAUGUGGAACAAUCCAAAAGUGUUGAUUCUCAGAAAAGAAGACUGCAUAAAUUUUUAUCCAAUGACACAAAUGGAGCUGUAAUUAGCGAUGACGAUGAAGAUCGUGAAAAUAAAAUGACUGAAACAUUAAGCAGUGUAUCCGUUGAGAUUGAAAGUAACAAUAUAGGCGAUGAAACUCUUUUAGGCAAUGCUAGUAUAUCUAGCAAUGAUUCAAACUAUAAACAACGUGAUAAAAUGGACGAUGUUUCCGAAUUCACUGAUUCAUGUUCAGAUACUGAUUUAGAAGAUAUAAAUGAUGAAAAUGAUAUUUUAACUAAUAUGGAUGCACAGACAAAUGAUAAAGCCCCAUGUAGAUUAAAAGAAGCUCGAUUACACCAGAGUUUAGCUCAUGUAUCAUCAGAAAUAGAUUCUAAACAAAAAUUAAUUGCAGAGUUACAAUCUAAAGCUGCCGAACUUGAUCAUCUGAAAAAUCACUACGAACGACAAAUGACCAAUCUUCAGUGGCGUAUUAAAGAAACAGAACAUGAAAGAGAUUCAGUAAUUGCUAAUUUAAGUCAAAUUGAAUAUACUGGUGAAGAACGUUUAAAGCGUACCCGGGAAGAGUUUGAAAGAAAGCUGUCUGCAUUACAAGAAGAAGUGUCACGACUCCAUCUUGCUCGUCAAGAACAAAUCCGAUUAGAACGGCAGCAAUCUAAGAAAAAUGAUGAAUUACGUCAACUAAGACAAGAACUGGAACAACUACGUCGAUACAAAAUUGAUCUAACUAAACGUUUAAGAGAGGAAAUGCAGCGCACUCGUCAGCUAGAGGCCUUGUCAGCUAAACGCGUUAUGGAAUUGAAAAAAGCCAAGUCACAAGCAGAUAAUCAGAUUAAGUCUUUGGAGGCAGCCCAUUCAGCUAAAGAUCGUGCAUUGCAAAAGAAACAAGCUGAGUUGGAUAUCCUCAAACGUAAGAAUAUUGAACAACAGCGACAGUUGUCUUCUUCAUUUAAUAGUCGUAUGUCUCAAAGUGUAACAGGAAUAACAGGAUCAGGUUGGAGUUCGCUACGCAAACCAAUUCAUCGAAAUUCAAUGACUGUUUCGACAUUUAAUCGAAGUCGUUUAUUUGGAUCUGCUAAAGCGAAGUGGGCAAUAGUAUCACAAGAACUAGAUGCUGAUAUUGAACGACUUCAAAAGUCAGCACGUUUAGAACACGAUCUUCAAACUUGGAUUCGUGAACGUGAAUGCUUAGGACGAAGGUUAAAACGUUUACAACUUCGAAGAGCUCGCAAUGAAGAAAAUGCAACCAAUGAUUCUGAAGAAGUUGAAAAUUCGACUAGACUAGCUGAAUUUGAUGAACAAAUAAGGAAUGUUACAGCACAACUCGAAUCCGUUCAGGAUGCUAUACAAGAAUGUCAAGCUAGUAUUAUUGAAUUCGAGAAAUGUGGUUCUAGCUCAUCAAAACUCAGUGAAAAUAAACCCACAAAAUCGAUUGUUUCAAGACAAGACCUUUCUUCAAGUAACUCUAAUCAGCCGAGUAAUAUUCAUGCAUUCUUCUCGAGCUGUACAUUAACUGAAGCUCGUUUUUUGCUGAGCAAACUUUUUGAGACUGCUGUUUCUCGUGGUCUGCUAGCUAGUCGGCUGCAACAUAAUGAAAGCCAACUUCGAGCUAAUAUUUUGGUCAGAGAACAAGAACGAGAACAAGAACUAGAAAUGCUUAAGUUAGCGAUGCACCAAGCUGGAGUACCAUCAGAUAAUGUGGAAGCUAUAUUUUCUGGUAACGAGCGCCUAAAUAGAAGGACAAACUCUUGUCCAUAUCAUGGAGUAUUAAAUAUCACAGGCUGUGAAUGCUGUAGUUAUGUUUUAUCGUCUGUACCACAUUCCCCGGAUGAUUCGUCAGAUGGUUUACCGAAUGAUGAUAACCAGUGGCAAGUAGAUUCAGAUAAUUUCGCUAACAUGUCCCAGUCAAUGUACGCAAAUAUGGAAUCGUCAAAUAUAUCAAAAUGUAUUUCAAAAGCAACAGAACUACCCAGUGCUGUUUCAGAUAAUAGUGGAAUAGUUAACAAAGCUAGACGACGACUACAAGCCGAAGAGGUGUUUGGUGUUUCAUCAAAUUCAUUCGCAACAAUUUCACAAUCUUCAGUUUGUGAUUCCAUGCCCCCACCUAGUUCUGCUGUACAUCGGCGUCCUCGCACCGCCCACAGUUCCACAGUUGUACCAAAUAAUCUAUCUACUCUCCGUUCUUCUUGUCCGCUAAGCGCUAGUCAAUCACCUACAACUAGACGACGUUUAACAUCUGUCAGUUUAAACGCUGGUUCGUCUAACACACAAAUUGGUUCAACACGUGCUAAUAUUUGUAGUGGAUUACAUACAUCUAAUACAAUGUCAACCUCUCUCAUUUUACCAAGUACUAACAAUGCUGAUAGCAUGUUAAAUGAGACUACUGAUCCAUCCAAUAACAAAAUGAAUUCAAUUGGUUCUUCCAAUAAUCUCUUAUCAUCUAACAAUACAGCUGAUGAUGUAUUCAAUCGCUUAACUAGUGGAAUGUCAAAUUCACCAAAUCCUAGCAGAGGUUCUAUACAACCCUUGUCUAAGAUGAAUCUUUCAAGUUUGAUGUCCAACGGUACGAACAUGAAUUCAAUAUUGGGUUCGGCUGCAACUAAUCAAUCUUUUCAUUCAGCAUCUUCAGCUGGUCACUGUUCGAGUACUUCAAAUAUUCCAAUCAAUAAUUUAUCUACACAGUCAUCAAAUCAACCUUUGGCUGCAUUUUUCACCUCAUGUUCUACUGCUCAAACAAUGCAUACAUCGAAUGGCCCUUGUCAUAUUUCUUCGAAUAUGAAUACUACAGGUUCAUCUAUAGUUCAUCAGUCUGUUAGUUUCGCUCCACCAAUUGAAUGUACUCAUAUAGCUAAAGGUCAUUCAAACGCUGUUCUUGAUAUUGACAUAGUUCAUGGAGCUAUGAUAACUGGAAGUAAAGAUCGUACUGCAAAAAUUUGGGAUUUAAAUACUAUGGAAGAAGUAGACACAUUACAUGAUCAUCCGAAUAAUGUGACCAAAGUUAGAAUAUGUCCAUCAUCAAAUUUAAUUUUCACUGUUUGUUCUUACUUUAUCAAAGUUUGGGAUCAUCGAAAUCCACGUAAAUGUAUUCGUACCUUGUUAUCAAGUGGCCUUAGUCAAGAAGGUUCUUUAGAAACAAAAAUUAUGCGUCGUCAAAACAUUUGUCCACCUGGUGAAACAAACAUCAUGGACAUUGCUCUUGGCGGAUCUAAUCCAGCAUUAAGUCAUAUGAUGUUCUCAGCUACUGCAAAUUCAGUGAAAUUGUGGGAUUUAAGACGAUUUUGUUCUAUAGGCAAACUACAUGGUAGUCACCAAGCACCAGUAAUGGUAUUGGCCGCUUCCCAAACUCCAUGUACUUUUCCAGCCACUGACUCAGAAUCUAGGCUAACUGUAGUUACUGGUUCAAAAGAUCACUACAUAAAAGUUUUUGAUGUUUCUCCAAAUACAUCUGGUUUACUCACACCUGCCCUUGAUUUGGAACCACCACAUUACGAUGGAAUUGAAUCUCUGGUCAUCCAUGGGAAUAUUUUAUUUUCAGGUUCAAGAGAUGCUGCAAUUAAAAAGUGGAAUUUAGCGAAAAAUGGUCGCCAGGAAGUGUUACUAGCACAAGCUCACAAAGAUUGGAUACAGGGUAUGGCUAUCACUCAUGAUGAGACAAGCCUUAUUAGUGGUUGUCGUGGCGGUACGCUUAAGCUUUGGAAAGUGGAAGAUUGUACUUGCUUAGGAGAGAUUAACAAUGCACACGAUGGUGCUAUAAAUUGCGUGAGAACAUAUGAAAAUCGUGUAUUUACGGCUGGCAGUGAUAGAGAUAUACGAUUUUGGAAAUUUACCAAUUAACUUGGUCGUAUUUAUUCAAGUGUGCUAAUAAUAAAAUGUGCAAAACACCAGAAAUUAAAUUUCAAUCAGCAUAACACUUGUUAUUCGCUUGCUUGAUUACAUAAUCAUUUUCUGUGAUAUCGAUCUUAGCCAAGAAUUUUCUUCCUUUUAAAUCUCCAUUGCUAAUAUUUGGAAUUGUGAAAAAAGAUUGAUCACUAAACGCUUCAUAUAUAUGUAUACAUAAAAAUCCCAUUAUCAAUUAUGAAUCAUUUCCAGUAUCAACACACAUAUAUCUGUAAAAAUUUAUGUAAAUAAUUGUUUUCGUGAAUCCGCAUUCCAUUAAUCAAUUAGUUAUUUAAUUGAGUGAAAAAACAGAUACCAAGGCA